AUGUGUCGAGGCUGCGGGUGUUGUAAAAACUGGCGGCUAAUACUGGAUGUGCUGAAAAGAUGGAACUCGACUUACUUUAUGCUUGAAAGAGCCAUCAAGUACUGUAGAGUAUUUGUGAAGUUGGAGACAUUUGAUAAGAAGGGUUAUAAAAUGGCUCCCACAGCUGAGGAAUGGACAAGAGCUGACAAUAUCUGCAGUUUUUUGGGUCCGUUUGCUGUGAUCACAAGCUUGAUGUCUAGUUUGAACUACCCGACUUCGAACUUGUAUUUCUAUCAGGUUUGGAAGAUCCAUGAUUGGCUUCGAAUGAAUGAGGAAAGCGAAGAUGAGAUUGUCAGAUACAUGAUUCCACCGAUGAAAGAGAAGUUCGAUAUAUAUUGGGAUGAACUUGACAUGAGUACACGUGAUGCAAAGUUAAAGAACUUGCGUGAGAAGCUAAAUAUUCUGUUUGAGUCAUACGACAAAAAAUUCAAGAAUAACUCACCUUCUACAGAGCCACGUGAGACUGUUUCACAAAAAGCUUCUGCAGCAGGGUCAAUGGGACUGUUUGGGAACUACGAUAUGAGUGAUUUCUUUUCAUUUCGCAAAGUCAGUGGCGUUGUAAGAGGAAAAACACCUCUAGAAGCUUAUCUUGAUGAACCACCUUUGGACAUUAAUAAUUUUCAGAGCUUGGACAUCCUCGAUUGGUGGAAAGAUAAUGCGCAUCGGUAUGGUGAUCUGGCUGCAAUGGCAUGUGAUAUGCUAAGUAUUCCAAUCACAACGGUGGCUUCGGAGUCCUCCUUUUGUAUUGGAUCCAGAGUUCUUAACAAAUACAUGAGCCAUCUUCUCCCAAAAAAUGUGCAAGCUUUGACAUGCACUAGAAAUUGGAUCAAGGGAUACAAAUCUUAUGCACAUGAUGAAGAAAUCGAUAGUGAUGGUGAAGAACAGAAAGUACCAUCAUUUGAGUCCAUUGUCAAUGGGGAAGAUGAAAAAGAGCAAGCUUGA